CUCUCACUUGGAAGUUCUCCGACACGCUGUUCUCCCCACCUUUUGGUGAGCUUAUGAAUUAUAUAGCUAGUUUAAAUGUUUGCGCACCCGUUGCUAAAAAGUAAAGUGAUUUGGCCAACGACUCGAAUUGUUAUACGUGAUCUACGAGAUAUUUUGCAGAAUGGCCCGGCCAACCAUAGACUAUAGUAUCCUUGCACAGUGGAGGUAUGCAAUGAUCAAAAUGCCGCCAGCAGAGGCUGUGUAAGCGUCAGCAGACCGUCUUGGACCAGUGAGCGCUUGUGGUUCGGUGGUUACGUUCAUCUUCCACACCCCAAGCUGCCGCAGGGCCGUCCAUUCCACUCUUAUUCACUCUCAUCGACAUCAUUGGCAUUCCCCAUUUCGUCGGGCCACGUCUCGCGCACAUUAAAUCCACUCCCGUCCGAUCCUGCCAUGGCCGCACCGGUGGACGCCAAUGCAGCCCAGCUUGUCAUUAAUAACCCUCAGCCUCGACUUCCGCCCGAGAUCUUCGAGCGCAUCAUCGACCAUCUCGAUCCGUGGACCGAAGAAGAAACUCUGUUGAACUGCGCCCUCGUUUGCCAAGGGUGGUACACCGAGAGCCGCGCGGUCCUUUUCGAGACGCCCAGGCUCCACACUCGGAAAGAGGCUGCCGCCUGUGCGAGGUCACUGACGCGGAUACCUCUCCUCGGUGCAUGCGUGCAAUGGUUAUCGAUCGGGUCUGUCUCGGAGACCACUAUUACGACCGGUCCGGAGUUGGGAUCGAUUCUCGUGAUGCUGGCAGGGAAACUUCCAAAGCUGGCCUCGCUCGCCUUCACGAACGUCAGCUUCGAGCAGUGUUCUACGCGCAAUUUGGCGUUUUGGAGCUUGAGCGAAUCCAGUCAUCUCACAUCAUUAGAGCUAUGGAAUGUAACGUUGCCAUCGGCGAGCCCCUUCUUUCAGCUCAUCUGUUCAUUUCCUCAUCUGCAGCACCUUAAGUGCCGCUACCUGCACUGGAGCGAACGGAGAUCCAUGGCUCCACUGCCUGAACACCACCGCAUGCCUUUGACGACAGUGACUUUUCUUGGGUAUGACAUGUCGUGCUUCGAACACAUUGGACAUAUCCUUCUCGGUCUGCUGGAUCGAGCUGUCCUCGAAAAUGUCUCCCUAACUCCGCAAGUCUCUGCGGCGGCUCUUGCCUUUACUCAAGGCAUGUUGAACAUAGCCGGCAGGGGGCUCGAGAUCGCAGAAAUCGAAUUCAAUGCACCUGAGGAAGAUGCCGAUGGCGAUUUCCAGUCCUUGCUCCUGCACCCUGUCAGCUUUGAAGCAAACGUCAAUCUGCAGAAACUGAUUCUGGGAAUCGACACUUCGAAAAUGAAUGUUGUUGCACUGUUUGUCCAGAGUGUGCUUCUGCCUCUGCUCAACACAGUAUCGUCAAAACAUCUCAAUUAUAUCCGUUUCUCCGUAGAAAGCCAUUCAAAAUGGGAGACAGAUGCUUUGCUUAAUGCAUUUGAUCCAGAGGUCUGCAUUCAGAUUGAUGAGCUUUUGGCUGAGGGCCAUUUUGCCGAGCUGCGAGACUUGUGGAUAGACUUUGCCGGUAUUGUGUUGAAUGACUCACAGCGCGUCAACGUUUGCACAGAGAUCUGCGCCCGUUUUCCUAAACUGAAUGACAAGAACAGGUUGACUAUUUAUCAUGGCGGACACCGAUUUCCGAGUGACACUGAGGGGGCGUUGAAAGGAAAACAACUGGCCGAUAAGCAGCCUCAUCCAAUCGAGCAAACCGCCGCAUAGGCAAUUUCUGCUUUCACAGUCAUGCCAGCUCAUCUUCACUUUCCUUUCCAAAUCAUCCUGGACGUGCAGCUCCGCCAGGCUUCAGUCCGAGCAUCGUACUCUCAUCCAACCUCCUUGCUCGCCUUCGUCACGCCGUUACCGUGAUCCUGGAUAUGGCAUGUCAUUGUCAUUGUCACUGUGGCCUAUCGCAUAUCCCCUGCCCUAUUCGUCGACUAUCACAGUUACCCUGUCGUCCACGGUCAUCAUGAUACCCCUUGUCACCAUAUCGCCGUCUUCACAGAAAACCCUCAUGACGCUUGCAUCGCAUCGGCGACAUAUUCUCGGACGUCCCGCAGUUCCUACGCCAGUUUGUGUACUCAGUGCCAGAUGUAAGUACUGCAUGGCGGACACGAUUCCAUGUCACCGUCCCUUGCUUCGCUUAUCUGUACCUAUGUCCUCGUUAUACAGAUUGAUUUUUCUCGGCUAUGAA